UUGACAAAAUCAGUCGUAAAACCAUAAAGCAGAGCAGACGAAAGAAACCGCUCAGACAAAACAGGGAAGAGUAACACAAGUUGCUGCUCCGUUAUUCGCUACAAGUCGUCGGUAUUUCUCGUAUUGAUGGAUUAAUCCAACAGGAAGACAAGUUGAAUAUUAACCGAGACAAUCCUCAACCAGGAAACUUGAAAUGGAAUGACACAUUUUCCCCACAGUGGACUCUCACAUCGUCCUGUGAUCCCUUGCCGCUUGUUUUGGCACAUUUUAUCCCCUCUGAUGUCCACCUGUUACGGCCGGUUUCAGACCUACAGACAGCCUCACCACGGAGCGUCAGAUAGACCAAGCUACUACUGAGAUGGCCCGUGCAGAGACCAUCGAGAGCAUUGGGGAAACUGGAGGAAGUGGAGGAAAUGGUCCUCUCCCUCGCCACAACACCUGCAGCAUGGAGCUGCCUCGCCCUUUCUACAACUGGCCCGGCCUGCUCACCACUACCACCAUCACCACCAGCUCUGGGACUAGCAGUGGUGCUGUACACCUCCACCAUCACCACCAUCUGCACCCUUUGCAGGCUCUUUAUGUUUCAUACCCACUGCCUUACCCCCACCCAGAGGGCCAGGAAGAGCCCCAGACUCACCAGCAGUUACCUAUGUUAUCAUCAUCACCAACGCCUCCUUGUUCGCCACUCUGCAAUCGGAGGGGAGAAAGGGUUGGAGGUGCAGUUGCACAGAGUGCCUUCUCAGGAGAGCAGUCAGAGUCAUACAGAGUGGAGCGCCAGGAGGCCUCCAGCCAGCAGGAACCUCUGCCUGACCUGCUGCCUCAAAAUGAGCACUCAUCCAGGGCUUCACCACGUCACAGAGCCCCCAGAGGAGAGGCUGUGCAGGAGUUGGAGGUCCAGCGAGUGGCCAACCAGCUGAGGGCCAUUGGAGAUGAAUUUAAUGCCACGGUCCUCCACAGAGCGCACGCUGCCCCCCACUGGCAGGACUGGAGAGACGCUGGUCGAGGACUCCUCAACUUCAUUUCCCAGACUCUGAGCACUCUCUACAGGCUCACAUAGAGAGGGAGAGAGAGCAUGUCACCCAUGACCACCAGUUACCAUGGCGACUUUAUACAUUCAGGACUUGGCCACUGACUGUUGGACUGUGGCUAGUGAACGGAUCAACCCCAACUGGUUGCUGCACUGUCGUCCAUUUGAACCUGGAGGGUUAAUGUGGCCUAAAAAAAAAUUUGUGAACAAAUAAUUUUUGGAGGAGAUCGGGAGGUGUCUGCACCACCUGUGGGCUUGUCAGGGUGCUACCUGUGGAAACUGGAACCUGUCUGUCUGUCUGCCUGACCAGUCUGUUCGUCAGUCAGUCUGCUGGUAUAGACUGCAGCUGAGGGGUCGACGGUCAAUUUCCUUCCUGUAUAUUUUGUAAAAUCAACUUGCUUUCGCUGUCUUUGUCUCGGGGCUUAUCUCCUCAGUCAGUACGUGUGUAUAUGUGUGUACACAAGGCAGACGUGGGUCAAACAAAUCGGUUGUGUAUACUGAGAUAUCUUUGCAAAAAAGUAAUUUGGAAAAUACCGAUAUGUCAAAAUUGUGCUUUCUAUAGAGAGCCAAAGUCCCUCCCCUUGCGGUGUCCCCCAUGGGAUCUUUUGUUGGUAUGUAUGUUGGUCAACGGCGAGAGACAAAAAAUGCUUUGAUCCCGUUUGAAUUGUGCUAUAAAAUACACAUAUGAUAUUUGUCAAUUUAAAAGAUGAUUUUGCAAGUCAAGAAAUUCACAGUUAGUUGUAGGUUUGUCAUAGUACCAUUUAGUUUUGUGUGAAACCACGCAACAUACAUCACCAACACCAAAAUAGUCGUUACGUUGACAUAUAAUAUUACCCAUGUGUUAUAUCCAGUGCCUCCUGGUCUUUAUAUCACGCUGGAAGCGAAAGAAUGAGCAAGACCCAUUGCUCGUGUGAGCAUGAAACACACAGGCAUCGUAGAUUCAGCUAGAGAUAAAGUAAGACUCACUCACACGACAAAAUUACUUUUAAAAUUGACAAACAUUAUAUGUGUGAUUUAUAGCAUAGGUGUGAUCAAGAAAUUAUUUGUCUCUUGCUGUUGACUACCACACGUUUUUUGCAAAAUAAGGACCCAUGGUGGUCCACCAGAAGGGAAGGGACUUCGCCUCUUUAUACUACAACUGAGUCUGUUUGUGAGCAACCUGUUUUAGAAGUGAAGGUUUUCUCUAUCCUUUGGACAUUUAUGAUUUAGCUUUAUUAUCAGCCACCAUUUUUCUAGAGGAUCUCUAGAUGAUAUCUCCGCAACUCUUCCCUUUGAGAGUGGCAGACAUAUUUUGACCUAUGUCUGAUGUGUACGAAUUACUGUCAUGUCUUUAUUUUAUCCCCCGUUCUUAUAAACUGUGAAAUUGGAUGCUGUGUUUGCAUCGCAGGGAAAAAAAAGUCGGGUGUCAGUUCACAGAGUGAACCUCUCUCUCUCUCUCCCAAAUCUGAAACUGCUUCAUUGCAUCAUACAACGUGCCUUUCUGCUCAGCGCUCUGUGGAGGUCUAAUCUCCAAAACUAGGACAAUCAGUUAAACACACAUUCAAAGAAACACACACACACACUCUUCAAGUGCUUUGUUUAUGUAAUUUGCAUGACAUUCAAAUGUUCCAGCAUCAGCACGGUUUAAAGUCAUCUAAGCACAGAAAUAACUUAAUCUCUGGCGCCACACAUUGCCACUGUACAUUCCUCGGUUCACACUGCUGGUGUUGGGAGUAGGCAGGGUCUCUGUGUUGACAGUGUUUAUAGUUACUUGAUUGUUUGUAAAUAUUUUUUUGGUAGAUUUAUCAUAACUAACUCAAAAAUUCUGAUGGACUUUAAAAGUGCUUACGAAAGCAAGAGAGUUCACUGUGUUUUUUGUAUUUGUGAGCGGCAGCAGUAGAGCGAGUUUGAAUUUAAAUCCAGUGGAUUUGAAGUGGUAUUCCAUGAGUUAAAGAAAAGUAUAUGAAUUGGAUCUUUUUGAUUGUCGAAAAGUAUUUGAUGAUAUUUUGUAAAAUGACCCCUUUCGGUUGUGCGAUUAUUUUCAGUGUAGUGUGGGAGAAAAUGUUUAAUUGCUCAUGUUAAGAGCAUAAUUUAUUUUGGAAUGUAGCCUAUCUGUAGCUUGUUGUUUUUGGUUUGUUUUCAUUUUUUAUGUAAUGUUUUAUUUAUUUUUUUCUUACAUUCCUGAUCAAAACUAUGAAUUAAGCUGUACCUAAGUUGUAACUUUUAAAACAGAGAUUGAAUUAGACUGGAGCUAAAGCUGUUUAUAUAUGCAGUGAAAGUGCAUACAUCAUUUUAAAAAGCAGAAAAAAUAGCUUAAGGCCCUGUCUACACAUUUACAGACAUUUUUUAAAUCAGACAUUUUUCACCUCGGUAUUAAAAAAUAAUUCUGUCCACACUGGAACAAAAAAACGACCCCAAACGCUUGCCUGUGUUAGCUGUAUCUGCAGUAUUUCUUCAUCACAAAGGCUGUAAAGUGUAGAAACCAAUAUUCCAUUUUUCAACACACCUACUGUAGAUGUCAUCACCAUUGAUGUCCAUUCAAUUUAAGGACAAAGGAGUUCACUCAAGCAUACUAGUGAUGCUCUGGAAAUGAUUAAGUUUUCCUUCCACUCCUCAUUGACAGCAAUCCCACUCUGGAAACUGUCCCACCAUCUGCUAGUUCGACUGGGCCUGAUCCAAAACACUUGUGUCCACUGAGGUGGAGCAAAUAACAUCAGGCGCAGAAGAUGCCUCUUUUCGUCUGUGAAGUGGUGCAGCAAUAUUAAAUUCAGUAUAAGGUAGUCAUUAGACCAAGCAGUGCUAACAAAAUGUAAACAAACCGGCAGUCCGCCCUUGUCGUCAUUGUUUAUGGCACAUGCUCAUUACACAUAGCAACAAUUGGCAUGUGUGAACUGAGGAAAUGACAUCAGCUUUUCCUAAUACGUUUUAAAUGUCCACAUGGAUACAAAGUAACUGGAGUUUUGAAAAUCUGCACUUCAAAAGAAAUCUUAAAGUCUGUUUGUGUGUCAACGAGAGGCCAAAACAGAGAAUAAAAUAUCUGUUAACAAAAAUAUUUGUAUUUGUGUAGACGGGGCCUAAGAAUUUCAUACCUUUUGUCCAUGGCUUGUGAUAAAAAACUGCCUCAAUCAUUUAAAAUGGUACUAUGUUUUGAAAGCCGUGGUCUUACUAUUAUUAACAAGUUCUUUAGCCAUAAACAAACAUGAUAAACAAAAUGUCAGUGUAUUACAGAAUGUCACAAACCUCUCCAGACACUCAAAAUGAUGUAUUGGCUUUCCAUGUGUAUAUCAGAUGAGAUGGAGCAUUAAAAACCUCCAAAAUUCAUACUCUUUAAAGCACAAAGAAAAAAAAAAAGCAAUACUCUAAACUGGCUGAAGUGAAAUCAACUGGGUAUUACUGAUGUUAAUUGAAUUCCCAAACUGCACUUCUACUGGUGCUACUCAUGCUAAAAAGAUACAUUUAUGUACUGUAAUGUACUUAAAAUUAAAGCACUGACUUAGUGGAGUAUUUCAACUUUAAUUUCAGGAAACAUUUGACUGAAAUGAGGACCUUUAUUCAUACUUAAAAUGCCUCAGAAAUUGAACAGGCUGUGGCAGUUUUACUUUGCCUCUCACUUGGCCUUAGCCACACUGUUUUGUAUGUUGGUAGCACAGGGCCUGGUCAUUUCUGAAGGCCUUGAUGUAUAAAGUCAUAUACCUGUAGAUGAUCAGCGAACAUGGAGCUAAGCAGAGAACAAACGGUGCAAGCUACAGUAGACACCCGUUUACUGCUUGUAUAUUCAUAUUUUUAGAUCCGUUUGUGGGCAGUGCUUUUAGCCGUGUUUGCUGUCAUCACAUAGUAACGUUAUGUGGUCCUGGUUCAGGGUUGCCUCCCUUCCACUGAUGAUGCUCAGUGUCAGUCACAUGCAGUGUGUAUUUGCUGUUUUUCAACUUUUUCUAUUGUAAAAUUUCUACAUGACUUUUGUACUUUUUUCGUUUUUAUACAAUAAAGAUAAGGAGAACUA